AUGGAAGGUACUGAAGAUUGGACAGUGGCUGCCCUCAUUGACGAAGAAAAUAAAGAAUGGAUGUGUGACUUGCUGGGGGAACUAUUCACAGAGGAAGAGGUAAGGAGGAUUGCUGCUAUCCCUCUGAGCCUUCGUAAUGCCAAUGAUCGUUAUGUUUGGCAUUUUGAUAAGAAAGGCCAGUAUAGUGUCAGAAGUGGUUAUUACGUGUUUAUGAAUUCUAUGGAGGUUGCUGCAAGAUCAGUAGCAUCAUCAAGCAAGAAUGAAUGUGCUCUCCGAGGUUAUUGGAAUAAGAUUUGGCAGGCUGCUGUCCCACCCAAAGUACGGAUCUUCAUGUGGAGGCUUCUACGUGAUAUUCUUCCUACAAGGUCAGCCUUAAAAUCACGUAGAGUUGUUCUACCUAAUUAUAAAUGUGUUUUUUGUAAUAAAGUGGAAGAGACCAGCAUGCAUUUGUUUUUUAAGUGUGGUGCUCUUAGUGGGUUUUGGAUGUGUGGGCCAUUGAAGCUAGUGACAAUGGAGCAAUCUGGGAGUUGUAUGAGAGAUUGGAUCUUUGACCAAAUUGAAGGUAUGGCAGAGGAACAGGUGAAUUAUUUUUUUAUGGCGUUAUGGACAGUGUGGACGGAAAGGAACAACCUGGUUUGGAAUGAUGGUGCUUGUCGGCCUUUGUGGAUGAUUCAAUGGUGUAGCAGACAGUUAGAGGAGUAUCAGAGGGUUAACUGUAAAGCUGGAAAACAAGGAAAAAGGCCUUUAACUAAGUGGCAGAACCCACCUAGCGGCAGACUGAAAAUCAACAUUAAUGGAGCUUUCCGUGUGAACGAUGGUUGUGGAGGUAUUGGUGUAGUUGUCAGAGAUCAUGAGGGUAGGGGGAUCGCGGCCAUGGCUAGACCUUUUUUACAUGCACACUCAGCCCUUAGUAUGGAGGCAGAGGCGUGUAGAGCUGGUCUUCUUCUUGGUAUUCACCAAGGUUGGGCGGACAUAGAUAUUGAGAGCGAUUCGGCCACUCUGAUUACUGCUCUUAAAAGUGAGGAGGAGAAUCUGUCGGAGAUAUCCAGGUUGUGGCAGGAUUCGGAGAACAAGGUUUAUUUGAUUAAAGAGCUUGAUAGGAUUACUGGGCAGAAUGGGGUUGCUGCCCAGUUUAAAGUUGAUGGUGGGUUUUGGAUACAGAUCAUUGUUCAUGUUUUAAACUCUAAUGAAAGUAUCUUUGUUAGGGAACAACAUAAGAAGUUAUCAGUAGUUAAGAUGGAGUUCGCUGCAGCCAAUCAAGAGGGUUAA